AUGCACCCAGAGUUCCCACCAGUUUCGUUCCUCGCAGCUCUGUCACUUCUUCUUCCUCUGCCAUCGCAUUGGCGAGCACAAAAUGUUGCAACUCUCUCCAUCAUUGCCUGGCUUUUCAUUCUCAAUGUUGUGUAUGGCGUCGAUGCCAUUAUUUGGAGUGACAAUGUAAACAUCGUUAUCCCAGUGUGGUGUGAUAUCACCAGUAAAAUCAUCAUAGGGUCUACAUUUGCGCUUCCUGCUACCUGCCUUUGCAUCUGCAUUCAUCUCGAGCACGUCGCAUCGGUAAAUCGGCGCAAAACUUUGCUAAGCGACAAACGCAUCCGCCAGCUUUUCGAACUGUUCAUGUGUUUCGGACUGCCAAUGGUUUCCAUGGGACUUCACUGUAUUGUGCAAGGCCAUAGGUUCGAUAUUAUCGAGGGGUAUGGUUGUCGCCCAACGACAUAUGUCUCAAUCCCUGCUAUCUUUCUCAUUUGGGUGCCUCCACUCACGCUAUCUGCGAUUGCUCUUGGGUUUGCAUGUGCUUCUUUCGUCCAAUUCGCGCGACGUCGGUCUACAUUCGCACGUUACCUUGAUACAUCUCGGAAUGGCCUGACAAUUUUUCGUUACUUCCGUCUGAUGCUUCUGGCGGUCGUAGAAAUGAUCUGGAACAUCAUGGUCACAUCCUACACCCUUUGGUUCAGCGCAAUGGAUAUACGCCCGUGGACGAACUGGGCUGACGUGCAUUGGAACUUUUCUCGCAUCGACUUAUAUCCCACUGCCUUCAUGCCAAAGAUCGUCAUCACCCACUAUUACCUCGCAUGGUGGAUUGUUCCGGCCUCCACCUUCAUUUUUGUGGCGUUCUUUGCUUUCGGCAAAGACGCUGUGAAUGAAUACACGGCAUGUAUAAUGUGGAUACGCCGAAAUGUCCUCAAGCAAACAAUUGGACAAACCGCUCCAGGCUCUGUUCCACUCGCAAGGUACGUCAUGUGUUCUCAACAUUGA